UCGGCGCGGCUCGCUUGCCGUCAGGACGUGGUCAGAUAGUCGUGAGCCCGUCUGCGGUGCGGACGAUCGUGUGCGACGUCGCUCAGCUCGCUUCUCGGUCGCGUGUGUGUCGUUGCUCGCUCAGAAAUCUGUGGCGUGUCCUGUCUCGUCUUGUCCUUGGCUGGAAAAGAACCGGGAGAGGAGAUGCUGCUGCCCGCUCAUCCGGAUGGUCCGCGCGCAUUCCUCUCGCGCGAUCACGGUUUCGCCGGGCCACGAGAGAACUCGAUCCUGUGCCAGUGACUCAGACCCUUUUACUUUUCCCAGUCCCUUCCCUCGGGACAGGCCGAUCGGCGGCCCCGAAGUGCCUCGCUCGCGACUUUCUUCGAUCGUCGCCCACAGUUUCGUAUCUUCCGAGGCGUGGAACUUUCAAGCGACCGUGGGUCCGCGGUUCGGUCGCGCGUCCUUGCGCGAGUCGAUGCUGUGUGGCAUUUCUAGGAAUAUUUGCUAGAUCCUUGACUGCUUAGUGUAACACAAUCUAUAAGUGAACCUCCGGUUGAUCGUUACUGGAGGAUGUUCUUUUGAUGUGACCAUUGGCAAGGAUUAGAGUCGAAGGAUUCGCUAGGCAAUUAACAGGUGAUAGAUCCUGGUACCAUUCUGUUGGUGAAGUUUCUCCGGUAAUCUUGAGAUCCGCGGGCUCAGCGUGUAAUGACUCUCCGAGCUGGCUACUACGCAGAGGUCAACGAUAAGCCUGGCAAAAACAUCGGUUGAUAGAGGGAACAGUGGCGCGGCUGAAUAGCGUACCGCUAUCUUGCUUACAACAGUGCUCCGUGUUCCGUGACCGUAUUUGUUUUUCGCGGUACACGUGCUUCUGCCCGACGAGAGAGGCGCUCGACGGGUUUAUAUUUAGAGGAGUCGCGACCGGCGAAGAAAUUCGGGGCCCUCGACCGCUGCGCGGCUUUCUGGCCCUUCGCCGGGCCCACUGCUUGGAAGACGGGGAGGGAGUGUAAGGUGAAUUCGAGGAUACCACCGGUAGAUGGUCCGGGGACACGCGGAUGGUGCGUUCGGAGUAACUUUUCUUACGGGCAGAGACACCUAGUCACAUGCGUGACACAGAUUCAGUUGGUGUCUUUUGGAGAUAAGGCCGACGAUUCGUGCAUCGUUGAUGAUCAAAUGGACGCGGGCUAGAAUUGAUGACAUUUGGUGUUGUUUAGUGAUACACGAUUUUUGAGUAUCUUUGAAGAGUAGAAUUACUAUUCUGUGAAUCGACGGUUGUGAUUAAAUGGGAAUGGAGUAGAGCCGUUAGUGACAUUCAGUGGCAUUUGGUGACACUCAGUUUUAGAGCAUUCCAAGCUACAGGAAUGAGAUAGAGUGAAUCAAAUAGUUGAUUGCAUUCAGUGUCAUUCAGUGACAUACUUUUUCGGAGUAUCUUCGGAGGCUAAAAUUGCUGAUCUGUAAACCACCGAUUACCAAAUAGAAAUAGAGUAGAAUUAUUGAUUAUAUUUAGUGUGAUUUAGUGAUAUACAUUUUUGGAGUAUCCGCGGAAGAUAAGUUAGAUGCAAAUAGUCAUUCAGAGUUAACCAAGAACCUACUACAAGCUUCCACUUAGCAGGUAGAGAACAUUGUGACCUUUUAGUCGAUACUCCUAGUUGUAGCUCAGAAAUCAGUACUAAGUAGACACAAGGAUCUAUCGCAACGAUUCAUCCAGUAGCCACUGAUGGCAAGUGAUCAGGUGCUCACCAUUGCGACAUGUUGAACGCAGAGAAUCUCGAGGAAUCCCCUAAGCGGAGGUCGACGUUCUAUGUAUCACUGGAUGGGGAGGCCCGACACCCAUCUAAGAUCCCAAAAACGAUCAGUUCAGAGUCGGAUAAGUUCGCCAGCAACACGUUCCCAAUCAGCACUUCAAAAACAGUGCCAACCGUAAUCCUGACUCGCACUUUGAGCAACAAUGAAUCGGUGUCGAAGAGGACGACGGCGGAGGACGCGUUGUUUCCUGAAUCUAGGGGCAAAGUGCAGUCCCUUACGAAGAUAUUCGAGACACCAAAGGCCGAACAUACCGGUGGCGGAUCGGAGCAGCGGAAAAAGGUCGAGAGGACCAGGUCAUUCAAGACUAUAGAGAGAUUCCAGAGCCGGUUCACUGGUAGGAAGGAUGCCAGCCGGAAAGACAGCCGCUUGAACAACACAAUUGCCUGCUUCGAAGUGGAAGACCAGGACUCGAAGAAGAAGAACGAAGACAAGCGAUCCAGCGGGAAGAUCAUCGACUCAAAAGCUAACGGAUCGACGAAAAUACCCAGUUCCGAGCCGAGGAACAAGCAGAAUGGCGGUGGCACUACGUUCACCAACUUGUUGAUACGUAGAACGCACAGUACCAAGCUAGCCAGGAGCACCAGCACGCUGGUGAAGGUGGGUGGCAGACACGUGUCCGUGGACAGUCCGUGUAGCGUUGUCACGCCCGCCAGGAACGAGAAUCGUUCCGGUAGCGAGAAAUCGAAGGAUGACGAGACGCCAGAUCAUUCUGUCGUGGAUAAUGACGAAGGCACCGAGUCGUCUGUGUUCGAGGACGCUGACGCGGACGCUGGGAUACAUUCAGAUACGUCCUACGAGAAGGCUUGUCGAAGGGGUAGCGCGCCGGCCACCCCUGUCCUCGGAGCACGACCUUUGGACGUCACCCCCAACAGAAUCGUCAAUUUCUUCUCGAAGAGGUCGUUCCGCUCGAACCCGCUGAAGAGGACGAAGAGCGUGACGAAGCUUGAACGACAGAAGCAACGUGGCGCCGGACUUCGGGGUUGCCGUUCACACGAGUCCCUCCUCUGCGGGCAGGCGGUGACCUCGAUGGACCUCGCGGCCGUGACACCACUGCAUCCGAGCCUGCUCGGCAGACCUCACUGCUUCCAGGUCACACCCAGCACCGGUGGGCCCAAGUAUUUCAGUUGCAGGACCGCUCACGAACGGGACCAGUGGUUACACAGUUUAAGAAAAUCCGUUCAACCGGACGCGGAGCAGACGAGGCGUACUGACAAUUCCUUGCAAAUCUGGCUGCUCGAGGCGAAAGGAGUACCGGCGAAGAAACGAUACUUUUGCGAGGUCUGUCUAGAUAGCACCUUGUACGCGAGAACCACCGCAAAAUUGAAGGCUGACCUUUGCUUUUGGGGCGAACAUUUCGACUUCCAUCAUUUGCCCUCCGUGAACACCAUACAAGUGAACUUGUACAGAGAGGCUGAUCGGAAGAAGAAGAGGGACAAGAAUGUUUUAAUCGGUUCAGUCAGUAUACCCGUGCACAACGUUACCUCGCGUUAUUUAACAGAGAAGUGGUACACGGUGGUGGGUGACAAGGGUCCUUUAAAGGAGCCACCGGCACUUAGGGUGAAAUGCCGCUUCCAAUCCGUGGAUAUACUACCUGUUCAGGUAUACCAGGAAUUCCUGGAGUACCUGAAGUCCGACUACAAGUCACUGUGCGAGAAAUUAGAGCCGGUGAUUGGCGUGAAAGCGAAAGAGGAUAUCGCCACUGCUUUGGUGGCCGUCAUGCAACGGGAAAAGAAAGCGCCACAGUUUCUUGCUGACUUAGUUAUGAUGGAUAUACACAAAAUAGACGACGAGAGGCUCACCUUUCGAGGAAAUUCCUUAGCCACGAAGGCGAUGGAGGCCUACCUGAAGUUGACGGGCGACAGGUACCUGCAAGAGACCUUGGGUGCCGUCGUGAGGGGUGCGGUAGAGGGUGGCGAUUGCGAGGUGGACCCGCUGAAGGUUGCCUCGGUGGCGGCUCUCCACAAACAACAACAGAAUCUACGGAACGCGGUGGAUCUCGCCUGGAGCAGGAUAUUAGCCAGCCACGCACACUUCCCUCUCGAAUUACGCGAGUGCUUCCGUAUCUUCCGCGAGCGUUUGGCAGACAUGGGCCGCGAGGAUAUCGCUGAUAACCUAAUCUCCGCAUCCAUAUUCCUUAGAUUCCUUUGUCCAGCUAUUCUGAGCCCGUCCCUCUUCAACAUCACGCACGAAUACCCGAACGAAAAGGCAGCGAGGAAUCUCACCCUCGUAGCCAAGACCCUACAAACGCUCGCAAACUUCACAAGAUUCCAAGGGAAAGAAAAUUUCAUGGAAUUUAUGAACGAUCUCUUAGAGAGAGAAGCUCCCUCAAUGAAGAGGUUCCUCCAAAUGAUCAGUAGCCCUUUGCCAAAAGAUGCCCCAGCCAACAAUUCCCUAGAAUUCGAUGGCUACAUAGACCUCGGAAAGCAAUUAUCCCUACUGCAUGCCCUUCUACGUGAAAGCUUAGUCACGAUAUCUUCCUCCUCAACAUCACUGCCUCCGUCCAGGCUACCGGAGAUCCUAGAGAGGAUCUCCUUAGCCCUGGACCAACCUGGUCCAAGUCCGGUGCCAGCGUCGCAUCGAUAUCCAAACUUGCAGAACAACAUCUUCCGUUAUAAUGAUCCAACGAUUGCGAAUAGCAACACGAAUCUCUCAGUGUCAGCGACAUCUACGUUGAGCAACCACAGCACUCUGAACGGUACGAUCAGGGACAGUAACGAGGUGCUGCAAUCUAACACGCUGGGCCACAAUAGUUCACGCAGUCCGAACGUCGCGAGAGCCGCCACUCUUCCUAGAAACGCUUACAUGCCUACCAACGGAAAGCUUCAGCUGCAGAUCACACCUGAUGAUUAUCCAUUAGAACCGCCAGCAUUUGUGUCCCGCUCACCGACACCAAUUGUCAGACAACACAGGGCGAUCGGCAGCAACAGGGCAGGCGCAGGUUACAGACUGACUGCCAGCGCGAGUCUGGCGAAUGUGAAUCACUGCCAGACCCACCCCACCAGCCCCACGCGAUCCGAGAGUCACAGCAACCUAAAGGACUCGAACUACAACAUCACCACGUCCCAAAAUAAUCAGUCCAACAUUAGCACAAUUGUCUCCCAGCAACAGCAGAAUCAUAGACACAACAUGGCCCGGUUGCAGAACUUAGAUAUCCAUGACAGGGAGGAUAAUUAUAAUCAUAAUAACUACAACGUCUCGAGAUCGACGAGCAGGAAUCACUGUAACAAAGAAGAGAACGCGAACCAGACGCAGCAUCAGAAUUAUAAUAAUGUCUCGAAGACCACGGUGAACGCGAACGUGGUGGUGAACCCGUCGUCUAAUCUGACAUUGUCCAUCAAUCAUCAGCCGAACAAUAAUUAUAACAUCAGUAAAACCAACAACACGACUGCCAACGGGAAUCUCGAUGAACUGUCAGACUUGUUAAGGUACGCCGAUGACGAAGUCUCGGAAUCCAAGUCGCAGAAAGGCUCUCAGAUAUCUAUUUCUCAGUUGAGCAAUGUUGCCUCGUCCGGGUACCAGAGCUUUGCCGCUUAUAGUCAAAGCUCUAGCCCGGUGGAUCUCAGUAGUAAUAACGCAAACGCUCAUAUACUCAGCGCCGCGCCGCUCGCAUUCGCUAAUCCUGUUUACCACAUGGAACCAAAUCAUGGGAGGAGCGGCAGGAGGGGAAGUAGCAGUUCAGAGGAGAGGGACGGAAGCAGUGGCGGCGUGGAAGGUGUGCGAGGCGUCGAUCUUAGUCCGUCUCCUCCGCCGCAGAACAAUGUCAGGAACCUUCAGAGGAACAGUCAGAAUCAGUGGAGGCAAAACAACCAGACACAUCGGAACAAUUCGGAGCAGAAUCAGAGCGUUUGUUGCACGACGAAACUCAGAAGGAGGUUGUCGCUGGACUCAACGAGGGACUUGUCUGACACCAGUGAAGAAGAGAGCUGCACCACUAGGAGGAGUAAAUCACGUAGUCACCGUAGUAUUGAUCAGUACGAAGUGGAAAUCGAGAGGCUGCAGAGUAGCGUAGAUCGACUGAGGGCCCGGUUAGGCGCAACCGAGGAUACCGAUAUAGACGGCAUUGCACCGGAUACCAAGAUGAAGAGCAUCAUUUCCAGGUUAAUCUCCGUGGAGGAGGAGCUGCGUCGCGAGCAACAGAAGAUGUCGGCCGCGUUGUCGUACAAGCAGCGCGUGAUCGACGCGCAGGAACAGCAAAUAGCCGCCCUGGACGCCGCGAAUUCGCGUCUGAUGACGUCAAACACAAGACUGUUGUCCGCAUUGAGCACGCUGAAGCAACGGUACAACACAAAGACCCAGUCGAACAGUGAAGCAGCCGCGUUGCUGCAGAACAUCGCCGACAUCAGCGAGCUGAAGAGUUCGUCCUGUUGAGGACUCGGUUGUCCUGGCUGUGGGACUGCCGAACACCCGGUGAACGCGUAACGAAAAUAAAAUUAAUGAAAAGCCACUGGUAAAAACAAAAGCUUUCAUCGAGAAUUCUCUUUCUUCGAGAGGAAAGGAUCGAUCAGACUCCAAGCAAUGAUCACUAGCGAAACUAACGGGAUGAUCUUCAAUUUCCGAAAAACGGUGUUUUUUUAGUCGAGAACUCUGUAUGUUCCUUCCUCUCGAACCACUCAGAGAGUUCGUCGACGAAACAAAUUAAAAAAUUUUCCGUACACGUCGGGAUCCUCUUCAAGCGCUAGGUUUCACGAACCUAGGUGAAGAGAGGGGAUCCCGAACGCUGCGAGUGAGGAGAGAAAGAGGAGAGAGUGAGAGUGAGAGAGUAUGCAAGAGAACACGAGACGUGCGAAAAUAGAGGCUACCUAGUAAAUAGGCAAACGGUUUAAGUAGAUUAAUUUACGCCGGAACACUUCACGUGACAUAGCGUUUAGGAUGAUUUGUACCUAAACUGUUUAAACGAUUGGGAACCGCGGAGCCAUCGCGGAAACGCGAUCCGCCUCGCGUUCAGUGACUUUCCAUCGUUCGACGCGAACGAGCUGGAAAGUCCACGGUCUCUCCCUUCGUUUGAUCGUGGAAAAUUCGGAGGAUCGAGGAUAGAGGCCAAGAUCGAAUAAAAAGCGAUGCGUCUUCGAUUUUCCUUUUUUACUUUGUUCGUUCAUUUUUAGAAUAUGUACCUUGACGCACAGCCGCAUGCACCGUAACCGUCUAGAGUAUAUACGAAGAAGUUACACUUAUGUAUCGUAUCGGCGUUCGUCGCACCGUAAUGGCGUCCUCAAGCACCGUACUUUGGGACACCUUGUGUAUAUGUGUGUAUAUUUCCCCUUAGUUCCCCAUUUUUUAAGCGCUGCCCGAGCACCGUGGACGCGACCACAUUUUGGACCCGUUAGCUUUUUUUAACGCGACUUACGGUGAUCCCUCGAUCGUUUCCUGUCAAGGUGGACGAUCGACGAUUCCGAAUCGAGGAAAACGUUUGACGCGCGCCCGCGCCUGAAAUUCUUACUUUAAGCGACGAUAUUUAUUUAGUAGUUUCUACCAAAGAUGAAGAGUUUUUUCAUUGUAAAAAGAAAGAAGAAGAAAGAGAGAGAAAGAGAAAGAGAAAGAGA